AAUGCGGUGUUGUGAAUUGGACCUAACGAUCAGACGAGUUUAGUACGUAUCCUCUUCGUGUACGCAAUUUGUUGUGCUUCACAAAAUAUUAAUUCCAUAUUUUGCGAAGGCGAAUAAUACAACAAUAAUUUUAAUAAUACCAACAGUUUAAAACUUUAUUUCAUACAUUUAUUCGAAAUUAUUAUUAUCGGUAAAAAAAAUGUCUGUUCCAUUGAAACCAGAGCUUCUUGCGCAGUUGGAAGUAUUUUUCAAUACAUGUAUGACAAAUCCUUCAUUGUUAUAUCAGCCAGAAUAUUCUUUUAUCAAGAAAUUCGUUGAAUAUUUUGGAGGAAGGAUACCAAGUCAGCAGUCGAGUAAUGAAUCACCAACCAAAAAGUCGGAAGACGCGAGUGCAUUUAAAAAAGCAGAACCAGAACUAGAAUCAGAACCAGAAGCUGAACCUGAACCUGAGCCAGAAAGCGAAGAAAGUGAUUUGGAACUUGAUCUGACUGCAGUGAUUGAGCCGGACGAAGAUGCUCCUCAAAAGAUGGGAAAUUCUACUUUACAACCAACAGAAGAGGAAAUUGCAGAAUCUCAGGCUAAACGUUCCGAAGCUGUGUCCGCAUUUGUAGAAAAAAAUUACGAGAAGGCUAUAGAACUUUAUACAGAAGCUAUAGUAUUAAAUCCACAGGCAUCGUUGCUUUAUGCCAAACGUGGACAAAUUUUCUUGUUACUGAAUAAGCCUAAUGCCUGUAUUCGCGACUGUAAUCGUGCCUUGGAACUAAAUCCGGAUAGUGCAGCAGCUCACAAAUUCAGAGGAAGGGCCUAUCAUUUGCUUGGAAAAUUCGAAGAAGCAGCUACUGACUUGAGACUUGCCUGUAAAUUCGACUUUGACGAGCAAGCUGAUGAAUGGCUAAGAGAAGUUACACCAAAUGCUCGAAAGAUCGAGGAGCACAAGAGGAAGAAGGAGCGCAAGAUGCAAGAGAAGCUGGAGCGCGAGAGACAAGAGCGAUUGAGGAAAGCCCGGGAGAGCGCGAAAGCUUACGAGGAGAACACCCGCACUUCCCAAACUGAUCAUCCUAGCGGCGAAGCCCCCGGAAUGGGUGAUUUUUACAAGUUCUUAAACGAUCCGGAUGUUCUCAGUGCUUUCCAGGAUCCUGAGGUAGCCGAAGCCUUCAAAGAAAUUUCCACAAACCCGACAAAUAUCUUCAAGUACCAAAGCAAUCCGAAGAUCAUGGCGUUUAUUAAUAAGAUGGCUUCGAAGUUUGGCGGGGCUGGUAACAUGCCGGAUGGGUUUCCCGGUAUGAUGGGUGGUAUGCCUGGGUUCCCAGGGGCUGGAGCCGGGACCGGGCCACAGACGACCACCCCGAAACCAAAACCACAGGACGACGUUGGUCUUGAUUAAAGCGAGCGUGUUCAUUCUUGAAAUUCCUUCUCGAAUUAUCCCACCCGGAUGAUGAUUUACUACAAAAGCUUUGAAUACUUGAAUACCUAUAGCUGAUCGUUGUGAGAAACUAGCGCGGUGUCUCAUUAAACAUGAACACUAACAUGAAGUAACCAACUAAAGAGCUGGAACGUAGAAAGAUGUACCUUCGUUGCCAUAAUAAUAUUUUAAAAUUUAUUCGUUUCUCUAUAAAAGUCCUAAUGAUAUAACAUUAGCCUUAAAAGUUAGAAUCGUAUUUUAAAUAUAUAUAUCGAGACUUGUUACUCCGUGAACGUCCAGCUGAAUUUCUAAAUAAUAAUCGAAUCGAUAUAUAUAUAUAUAUAUAUAUAUUACGUUUAAUAUCUGCCGGAGCCAGAUUUUGCCACGUUGAUUAAAUUUCUAGAAGGAGAAGGAAUUGUUUGAGUUUUUUAUGCUUUUUUCUUAAAUAAUCGUCAAUUUUCAAUUGUCUGUUACGCAAAUUCUAGAACGAUGAACGAUACUAGAAUUCAUUUCUGUUAGACUCAUAUACGCACGAUUUUUUUCCCGCCCCUUUUUUAAAUUUGAUAUUUUACACGUUCAAGCGUAUUUCCGUUAAUCACCUACACACUUAUACUAUAAAGCGUUUGUGUUUUAUCACUUAACUCUAGAUUUGUUUCAUAUUAUUAUGUAUCUUACGUAUAUAAAUAAGCAUUUUGUUCACUGUUGCUCGACUCGAUGGAUACGAUCUCGCGUACGAUGUAAUCGUAUUGUGCUGUAGAAUCUUCGGGAAGUUCUUUUCCCAAGGUAAAACAAAUAUCACAUGCACCAAAUUAGUGUGAAACGUAACGUUAGAUUCUUUGCUAGAUCCUUGAAAAGUACAGCAGAUUCAAAUUGUAUGUAUGUAUUGUACAUAUAUAUACGAAGAGAGAGAAAGAGAGACAAAGGAAGAAAGACAGGAUGAUUUUGGCAAAUCAAAUAUUGCGAAGCAGUGUAACACAAAGUUUAUCAUUCGUAAUCUCUCCGUAUGAUUUAAAAGAGCUAAAAUUGGAUAUUUAAACGGACUUAUAAUUUGUUAUGUUACUUUUCAAAUUCGCUUAUCGUUCGCAUUAAAAUAUUUUUAAAUGAUAUUCGAGUUAGUUAUCAACGAGAACGAUUUCUCUUUUUUUCUUUAUUACAAUCUGAUGAAUAUUGAACGGCCAGUGAGAGUUGAGCAGUCAACGAAUAAUAUAAUAUAUCGCUUCGAAUGUAUUUCUACUGAAAUAUAAACUGCUAUGCGAUGUACCGCGCGAGUUCAAUAAAUACAUCAUAAUA